GCUGGUUCAGCAAAUGUAGUUUCUCAUAAUCAUUACUAUUCUCAUCACUCAUACUCUAAUAACAGUGUCUAUUAGCUAGCAACACUAACUAUUGCUAUUUUUUAACCAUGAAUAAAGGACAUGUAUUUCCUUCAUACAUUUUUAUUUACUUUUCGUUUUUGCGGAAUGGAUAGGGAUAAGUGUUUGAGACACAUUUUUGCUUUUAACGCCAGCUUUUUUUUUUCUGUAGAAAAAAUUUGUCCCGGGUUGUACGCCUCUUCUUUAACUCUUUUCCUCCCAUUCACUGACCAUUUCAACCUAAUGUCGGAAAAGUAUAAAAGUUUGAAAGUUAAAGAACUGACUGAGCUACUUCAGAAAUACAAGCUCUCGACUAGUGGUAAGAAGGAAGAAUUAAUCGAUCGGUUGGUAAAGUAUGAUGAAAAGCAAGCAAUAGAAAAACUCGAAAAAGAGUUCGAGCUGGAUUUUCAAAACGAUACCUCUUCAACAUCAAAAAUUGACCUCGAUGAUGUUGCUUUCUCAUCAAUUCCUUUGGAUACCAAAACACCUCCAAACUUGAAAGAAAGUGUGCUCUCCGAUGAUGAGGAUUUGGAUCUAAUUAUGGACCCACCAAGCAGUAGUGCAAAGACGGUAAAUACUGUAACUUCUAGCACCUCUAUCAAAGCAGCUACGGUGAGACCGGAUGCUAAGACAGUGCCAGCGACUGUUAAAACGGUAAAGUCAGAGAUGACCAAAGCAACGCAUACUGCAGUAAAAACUACGAAGAAAACUACUUCUACAAUCACAACUGCCGACACAGCAACUGCACUUAACAAUGACAGCAGUGGUGCUACCAUUACUGCUACGCCGGGAAAAUCAGAUAUCAAGGAUACCAAAUUCAAAUUCACGCCUAUCACAUUCGAUAAAAAAGAACCUGAAAAACCAAAAACGAAAGAAGAGUUAGAAGCUGAGAGAUUCAAAACUGAAGCAGAAAAGAAAUAUGAAAGAUCGAAGAGAUUUGGAGUCAAGUUGGACGAUACUGAAAUGAAGGAACUACUGCAAUAGCUAUCAAAGGCAAAGAGAAUAAAAAAGGGAAUAAGGCAAAAAAGGAUACAUCUGCUUCCGCUACUGCGGCACUAUCAAAACCUAAGCAAAAACAAAAGGACAACAAUAUGGAUGAGGUCUUGAGAAAGAGAGCGGAAAGAUUCGGUUUACCAGCAUCAACAUCAGCAGAAAAUAAGAAAACGAAAAAAGAAGCCAAGCCUGUCCUGCAAGGUAGAAUCACCAAAAAGGAUAAUGUGAGAAUGAACGUGACAAAAGAUAGCGUUUUGAAUAAGAAGCAACGAAAUUUAAAUCGGCUGAGUAAAAGUACGAUUGCACAAAAAAAGAAGGAUAUUGUUCAACAACGUAGAGUAAACCUGCUCCAGAGACAGCAACAAACCAAUAGACAUAGUGAUCGUGUUGUGA